AUGGAGCGGGGCGGCGCCGCCGCGCUCGCAUGCACCUUCCGCUCCUCCUCCCCCUCCCCCUCUCCGGUUUCCCACUGGCGGCCUCUCCUCCGCUCCCGCAUCCGUCCGUCCGCGACUGCCAGGCCUCCUCACUUCCUCCUGCCAACCACCGGCCGGCGCUGCAGCUACCACAGCCAGAAAAGGUUUCUAGACACAAGCAAGGGGCUUAAAAGGUACCCAUUGACUGUUUCCAGCCCGUUUGGACGUCCAGGGGUUAGUCUGAACGAUGGAGAUUUGGUGAAAGAUAAGCUCCUAAUUGAUUGUGGAGAUGAGCAAGAUUGUGUGCUUGAUGGGAUAGUUGCCUUGGGAAAGUUUGAUGCCCUUCACAUUGGCCAUCGGGAACUAGCAAUGCAUGCUUCUAAAUCAGGAAACCCGUUUCUUCUUUCUUUUGUGGGGAUGGCUGAAGUACUUGGCUGGGAGUAUAGACCUCCGAUAGUUGCUCAUUGUGAUCGGAAACGUGUCCUUUCUUCUUGGGCUACAUAUUGUAGAAAUGUGGUCCCUCUUGAAUAUCAAGUUGAGUUUUCAAAGGUCAGGUACCUAACUCCACACCAGUUUGUUGAGAAGUUAUCAACGGAUCUUAGAAUAAAAGGUGUCGUCGCAGGUGAAAACUACAGAUUCGGCUACAAAGCAUCUGGUGAUGCAGCUGAGUUAGUGAAACUAUGCGAGGAAUUCGGUUUAAGUGCAUUUAUUGUACGCUCUGUCAUGGACACAGCAAAAAGAUCUUAUAAUGGAGCAUCACCUGCUGUAAAUUCAAGUGAUAAAGGACAGGUGUCUUCCAGUCGUGUUCGCCAUGCUUUGUCGGUUGGUGACAUUGAAUAUGUCUCCAAAUUGCUUGGGAGAAAACACCGCCUUGUUCUAACAGUGAGCGAAUACAGCCCUCUCAAGGAACGGAAAAACAUUAUAGUCCCUAAAUCUUGCAUGUUGAACAUGCCACCAGCUGACGGUUUCUAUGAAAAUUGCGAGCUCUUCAAUGGAGGGUAUCUUGGACUAUGCAGGGUGGUCAUUAACACAGAAACCAUUGACAUCGAAAUGAAAGAUGAGAGCAGUUUGCCACCAAAUCCUUUUCAAGAAGAUCAACUACUAGGGAUUGAGUUUGGGUGAUGUGCAACUCCAUUCAUGAUCAGUGGCUGGUCAUAAUGUGCAUACCUCAGUCAAGUUUUGGACAGUUUGGGUUGAUGUCAAAGGUGGGGAAGUUUUUCCCUGGAUGGAACAUACAUAGAGGUAAUCAUCAGAUGUUCGUAUGCAACCUCAAUAGGUGCAUCAAUCUGAAGUCCAUUUCAGAGUUUCUUGCAAAAAAAUCUUCCAGAAGAUUGGAGAAUAGUGCAUGGUUAUACAAACAUGGAGACAAAAGUGACAUUUCUGUAUCUGGGUUGGCAAGUAAAGGGUUGACUGGCUUCUGGCGGCUGUAUGUAUGAAACUAAAGCAGGGACUACAACUAAAUUCAAAGUCUACGUCUAAGCAGAGGCUUUUUUUGCAACUUCUUAGUUCACUGUAGUUUGUACGUUUAUUGGUUAUUCAAUAGUUAACUCCUUUUGUAUUGCGUC